AUGUGGGUGGAGAUCCUGUGCGGCCUGGUGGCCUACAAGAUCAUCCAACGCGUCUUCUUCGCCGGCGGCGACGACGCUUCCUACCUCGCCGACCUCGACUCCUCCCACUCCGACCUAUGCUUCGCCGUCGCCUCCAGGCUCGAGAAGCUCUACGCCAGCCGAUGCUUCGUCGGUCUCCGCAUCCCCGACCCCGACGCCGGCGAGCGCCAGCAUAUCGACGUUGUCCUCGUUACCAAGAGGGAGGUGAUGGUGGUAGCGAUCAAGAACUUCUCUGGUUUUGUUGAGGCUGACAAGGAUGGAAAUUGGUCUUGUCCAACUGACAAGAAGCGUAAGCAAGAGAUAUUUCCAAACCCGGUAUUAGAAGUCAACAGACUAGCUGCUAACCUUCAAUCAUACUUGGAGCAAAGGGGAGCAAAAUUGCCUGAUGGGCAUAUCUACGGGAGAGUUGUUCUGCCAAAUCCCAACUGCAGGCCUUCGUAUACUAUAAGCAUCCAACCAGAGGUCAUGUUGUAUGAUCAAUGGAAGGAUCUCAAGACAGACUCAAAGAGUGGACUCUCAGCAUGGAUUAAAGGUGCAUUUACUGGAAGCAAAAGUGACAUGCAAGAUUCAGUACUCCCGAAUCUACAUUUUAUUCUCAGCUCAUCGCCUAUGUGGGACAGGUUGGAACUCAAAGGAGACAAAAAUGUUCUUGGUGAAUUCAUCGAGUUCAAAGGCAGGCAUGAGGACAUUCAACUUCUCAAAAAUCUGAAGAGGUCAAAAGUCAGCCGAUUCAUCAUUCAGAAGUCAACUCUUUUUGGUGGUUUUGGUAGGUCACGAGUUCAAAUAUUGUAUUCUCCUCGUGACUAUCGAGCUGAGGGGACUUCAUCUUCAGAGUGGAAAGAGAUUUCUGUGAAGCAAUACACAGAGAUUGUUUUCCAGCCGCUGCAUUCCAAAAAGGCUCGGAAGUUCAAGCUGUCCAGUGUUGUUUCUGUCACACUGAGUGCCUAG